UCACUCCCAUUGGGUCAUAUUCAUUCUCAAAAAUAGAAGUAAAAAACACAAACACAAGAGAAACAAAACACUGAUCUCUGAUUGGCUUGGUUUUUCUCAUCAUGGGUACCAUAAAAGGAGUUUUAUUUAGUAUUGUUUUGAUUAAUUUGUCACUUGUGGGAUUUUGUGGGUAUCCUAGAAGGCCAGUAGAUGUGCCCUUUUGGAAAAACUAUGAGCCAAGUUGGGCUAGUCACCACAUUAAGUUCCUCAAUGGUGGUGCCACUACUGAUCUUAUUCUUGACAGAUCUUCAGGAGCUGGAUUUCAGUCAAAGAAAUCAUAUCUGUUUGGGCAUUUCAGCAUGAAAAUGAGGCUCGUUGGUGGAGACUCAGCUGGUGUUGUCACUGCAUUUUACCUGUCAUCGAAUAAUGCAGAGCACGAUGAGAUAGAUUUUGAAUUUUUGGGGAACAGAACAGGGCAGCCAUACAUAUUGCAGACAAAUGUGUUCACAGGAGGAAAAGGAAACAGAGAACAGAGAAUCUAUCUUUGGUUUGAUCCAACCAAGGGCUACCAUUCUUAUUCUGUUCUUUGGAACACAUACCUCAUUGUGAUCUUUGUGGACGACGUCCCAAUUAGAGCAUUCAAAAACUCAAAAGACCUUGGUGUGAAAUUCCCAUUCAAUCAGCCAAUGAAGAUAUACUCAAGUCUUUGGGACGCAGAUGAUUGGGCCACAAGAGGUGGGCUUGAGAAAACCGAUUGGUCCAAUGCCCCAUUUACCGCGUCAUACACAUCGUUCCACGUGGACGGAUGUGAAGCUGCCACGCCACAAGAAGUCCAAGUUUGUAACACUAAAGGCAUGAAAUGGUGGGAUCAAAAGGCCUUCCAAGAUUUAGAUGCAUUACAAUACAGGAGACUUCGUUGGGUCCGUCAAAAAUACACUGUUUAUAACUAUUGCACUGAUAAAGCGAGGUACCCUGUUCCGCCACCAGAGUGCACUAAGGACAGAGAUAUUUAAAAUCAUAAUCAAUAUUUAGAGGGAUUUUAUAAAAAAAAACUUAAUAUGCAUUAUGUGUGAGUAUUUUAAUGAUCCUUAAAACAAAGUGCUUUUAAUUAAGCUGUAUUUCCCUAAUUCUUUUUGAGUGUAUCAUUAUUGGUGGAGUCAUGAGGAUAUUAUGUAUCUCAUGCCAGGCCCUUCAUGUCUCUUGUGUGUCAUCAUCAUCAU